AUGGUGUGUACGUGUGCAUGCGUGUUCUGUUCUCCAGGCUCCAACUGGAUUGUGACCGCUGCCCACUGCCUCCACCAGCCACUGGAUCCAGAGGACCCAACCUUACACAACUUGGAUAUGUUCAGCCCUUCUGACUUCAAAAUCAUCAUGGGCAAGCACUGGAGGCGCCGAUCAGAUGAAGAUGAACAAUACCUUAGUGUCAAGAACAUCAUCCUCCACCCCCUGUAUAACCCCAGCACAUUUGAACACGAUGUGGGUCUGGUGGAGCUGUUGGAGGGUCCAAAGCUAAAUAACUUUGUGAUGCCUAUUUGUCUGCCUGAGGAACCCUCACAGGAAGGCACCAUGGUCAUUGUCAGUGGCUGGGGGAAGCAGUUCUUGCAGAGGUUUCCAGAGAACCUGAUGGAGAUUGAAAUCCCAAUCGUUGACUCUGACACCUGCCAGAAGGCCUAUGCCCUGCUGAAGAAGAAUGUGACCAAGGACAUGGUCUGUGCUGGGGAGAAGGAAGGGGGGAAAGAUGCCUGUGCUGGCGACUCUGGUGGCCCCAUGGUGACCCAGGAUAAAAAGAACGGCCAGUGGUACCUGGUGGGCACAGUGUCCUGGGGAGAGGACUGUGGGAAGAAAGACCGCUAUGGAGUGUAUUCUGAUAUCUACCACAACAAGGACUGGAUCCAGAAAGUCACUGGGGUGAGGAACUAA